AUGGCAGCAAAACUACGCUCAAAACGAUGUCAGGAACAAACCUCCGUAAAGCAACGGCUUAUCGAUAACCAACUCGGCAUAUGCCUCGGUAUUCUAACCCCUCUGCUCAUUGCGCAAUGCAACAGUUUUACACGUCCCCUCACCGCCAAGCUCACGUCGCUCUCGUACCGAGACGUGUUCACAGGGGAGUACGGCGUCGGGUUCGAUGAUAAUUACCUCGUGGCCGUUCUGAUCGUGGUGUUGACGGGUCUGCGGGAUGCUACGAUGCGCUUCGUUCUGGACCCAGUGGCGGCCGCCUGGGGACUGGGGAGGGCUAGAUCCAUGCGGCUCAAGGAACAGGCUUGGAUGGUCGUUUACUAUUCCACUUGCUGGUCCGUUGGCAUGUGCAUCUAUGCGUCUUCGUCGUAUUGGUUGGAUCUUCAGGCUAUGUGGACGAAUUGGCCGAAUCGCGAAAUAUCCGGCCUCAUGAAGAUUUACAUGCUGGCACAAUUGGCUUUCUGGCUUCAACAGAUGAUUGUCAUCAAUAUGGAGAAACGCCGCAAGGACCAUUGGCAGAUGCUCUCUCACCACGUCGUCACAAUUGCUCUAGUGUUUUGCUCGUAUCGAUAUGGCCUCACCCGCGUCGGCAACGUUGUCCUGAUCCUCAUGGACUUUAACGACUUAAUUUUCUCGAUCGCGAAGUGCCUAAAGUACAUCAAGCUACAGUCUUUGUGCGAUUUCAUGUUCGGCGCAUUCGUUGUCAGCUGGGUGCUGUGCCGCCAUGUUGCGUUCCCGAUGGUAUGCUGGUCUGUUUAUGCGCAUAGUCUAGCCAUCGCCGGGCCGAAAUGCUUCGUUGGCUCAGGAAAGAACAUCAUUGGUCCUUCAGAGGUUCCGGCACACGGCUAUUUCUAUCUGUUUGAACCAUUGAUCUACACCAAUGGGAGAGUAUGCUACGACUACACUAUCAAGACACUAUUCGUGAGCGGACUUUUGUUUCUGGAGGCACUCAUGCUUGUAUGGUUCGGCAUGAUCGUCAAAUUGGUCAUUCGAGUUCUUCGUGGUGGAAAUGCAGAAGAUACGCGCAGCGAUAAUGAAGAAGAAGAGGAGGAGGAGGAGCAGGAACUGCCGAUCAAGGUUGAGGUUGAUGCCGAGAAACUCCAAUUUCCGAAGAUAUAUCCCUCCGGAGGGAGAUGCACAUCUUCCGUUUUUCAGUCACCGAGGGUAACGAGUAUUUCCAAGGAUAGAAAGGGCUGUUUGGAUAGAAUCGGGUGCGAACAGAGGAUAUCACGAUAA